AUGGACAAGCUCAUGCACCUCAUCUUCCUGGUCUUCUUGUCAGGUAAGAAAGCUACAUGGCCUUGGGUUUCAGUUAACAGCUGGACGUGGCAAAGCAGGGAUGUCACAGCCCAACAAGAGGCACACACAGAGCUUGGCAACAUCAGCUCGAGCUCUGGGUUCAGGAGCUGCGUUGUAAAAAGAGCUUUUAAAAAGCAAGCCAACUUGUGUGGUGCCACCUCAGUCUACCUGAAUGCCCAGCUUCACGCUCCUCCUUGUCUCCUAGCAGCCUGUGCAGCAGAGAACAUCACGGUGGUGUACGGAAUGGAGGGGGACACCAUUUCUGUCAACUGCACCUAUAACCCCUGGCAGCAGCGAUGGAGAGAAAAGAGUUGGUGCAGGCAGAUCCAUGAGACCAAGUGCCAACACGUGGUGAGCGCCCGGCGCUUCUGGCUGCCGUUCCUAAAGAACAGGAACGGCACCACCUCCAUCAGCGACAACGUCCGCGAAGGGGUCCUGACGGUCACCAUAAAGGGACUCAAGAAGCAGGAUGCUGGGUUGUACCAGUGCAAAAGUGACUACCUGGGGGAAACAAACAGCUUAAGGAAGGUGCAGGUGGAAGUGCUGACAGCUGUCCUGGAGACCCAAAUGCCAGAGGAGCCCAGGGCUGUGCAGAGCAUCUCCAGCAUCCCUGCUGAAGCUGAUUUCACUGUCUUCUAUACCCUUGCUGGAUUACUGGUUACUAAGUUCGUGGUGGCUGUGCUGAUCUUUAUCAUUGGCAACAGCAGGAAGAGCAGAGAAACAGAGCGGAAGAACCCAAGGCUGAGUGAGCAGCAGGUCCUCCCUUUUGCUGGUGAUGGAAUCAGCCCCUCCUGGCAGAGCACUGCUUAGAGCCACACCAAAGGGAGUGCACACAGAAAUGACCAUCAAGCGUUUGCAGGCAAAGCUUUGCCACCUGCUGUACGAAAAGCAUCGCCUAUGAGGGAAUGUCACCAUCUGCCACCUUUUCUCCACAGCGAUGACCAACUUUUUCCAGCACAACUGAACUGAAAAGGUGCUGCCAGUAGCACCCGAACCUAAAGGAAGAGGAUGGGAUUGAGGGCUGGGGGAAAAGAGGAGUAUGAAAUCUUUCUGUCCAGAGAUCCAGCACAGGCUUAUGUAUGUGCAGAGAUGCCUCCCAGGCACAGGGAGGGUGAGCAGCUCUGCUCGGUUUUCCCCCAGCUCAUUGCCAGGCCUGAAGAAACUGCUCUGUACAGCUACCAGCACGUGCUUUCUUAUAAAUAAAACUACAGAUAAGACCAGUGACAAAACCAGAAGUUUAGGUAACACAUCUCAACCACAGUGUGUUGAGCAACUCACACACACAUCCUCAUAAUGUAAAAAAGGAAAGAGAUGGUUCUGGCUCAGAUCUCCAAGAGACUUUCCCUGAUUCAUGGAAAUCAGUGUUAAAGAACUGAUCCAGAUUUCCCAUUUGCCACCCCAGCUUCAGCUCUAAUGAUCACCCUCCUCACACUGGGGCUGGUUAUUUCUUUGUCUUCAGCUUUUUUCAAGGUGUCCUACAUGUCUCCACGAAACACUCGAAUGCUUCCCCCAAAAGCAUGAAAUACAACCAGAACUAGAUGGUUUCUAUUGAAAGCUGAGGUUAUUAUUUGUCUAGAAAUCAGCUUUUUAGCUGAGAUUCCACUCUCUAAAUCCUUUGGCAACGCAGUGCUCUGCUGUCUUCUCCAGCCAUUGCCAGUAGCAGCACCACCACCGGGAAGAGUUGUUCCAGAUACUCCUCCCCAGUAUCGUUUCACCAGGGUCUGAACUGAGACCCACCAACUUCAUGUCAUUUCAGAGCAGUGCCAGGUGACAGAGCCUGUCUUUCCUAGCUCCCAGAAACUCAAACGCUAAGUUCUCUUUGCAAGCAAAGAAUAAACUGGCUCUCUGUAUUUCUCCCUGUAUUUUUAAUCCCCUCUUAAGAGGAUGUUACUAACACGUGAUCAUUGUUCCUCACUCCCCAAAGUGAAGCUGCAUUUAGCUCUCCCAGGAAGCCCCCAAACCCAAGGGCAUUCACGUUUCUUUUCCCUGCACUGCUUGCAAAGCUAAAUAAAAUCAAACUGAUUACCUGA